CAUGGGUAAUUUCACGCAGAAAACCAGAUGUUUCAAUAAGCUUUGUAACGCGUUUUGCCAGUUAGCUGCUUGCCGUGGAAACGCUGAGAAAGUGGAGAGGAUUCGUGUUAAUUAACUGAGGUCAACUGACUUGUGAAUGUCCGUACAAGGAUUUGUUAGCUUGCUGAUUAGUCAGUGCUUGCUAGCCUUAUGCUAUCUAGAUAGCGAUGUUUGCUUGUAGUUGGUAGGCAUUCAAUGCAGAAAUACAUUUUAAUUAAUUCAUAACUACCCUUUCCGUUACAACUUAACUUUUUGGCUGCAUUGAGAUCCUAGUUGCAAUCUAGACAACAUUACUGUGUAACUCACGCUUGGUGAAAUUGAUUUAGUUGGAGUAUACCUAACGUAGCUAGCUUGUUAGCUGUAGCUGUACUUCUUAUCUCAUAUUGCCUCAUUAUCUGUGGCACAGCUACGUUACAAACUAGCUAGCCAAAUAUUUAUGUCCACUACAGAAGUAAUCAGUGUAUACUCGUGGUCUGCGGAGGUGAUUUUAGUGUUGGUAAGAACAAAGUACACUUAAGCAAAACACCGCCAGCGUUGAAAUCACAUUCACAAAGUGAAAUGUUGGAUUUACUAGGGAGCAAACGGUGUGAUCUCUGACUGUAGCCUGUUUCAUAGCUGUUGCUAUGAAAACACAAGUCGUCAGCUGCUAACUACCUGUUGUCAAGUCACAGUAUUUAAAAGAAUAUUCUUAAAGUUUUACAUCGAUCUUAACGUUAAGUAACAGUCGGGGCACAGUCAAAGCAUGUCGUCUUUUUCUGAAUCUGCAUUGGAGAAAAAAUUGUCGGAACUGAGCAACUCCCAGCAAAGUGUUCAAACCUUGUCGUUAUGGAUUAUUCAUCAUCGCAAACAUUCUUCAAACAUAGUGCGCGUGUGGCACAAAGAAAUGAAAAAAGCAAAAAGCAGCAGGAAACUAACUUUCCUCUACCUUGCAAACGACGUCAUUCAAAAUAGUAAGAAGAAGGGCCCUGAAUUCACUCGUGAUUUUGAGGGUGUCCUUGUUGACGCUUGCUCACAUGUAGCACGAGAGGGGGAUGACGGCUGUAAGAAACACAUGGAGAGACUGCUAAACAUUUGGCAGGAGCGCAACCUUUACAGAGCUGACUUCAUUCAGCAAUUGAAGCUUGCCAUUGAAGACUCAAACAGCCCAAAGCAGAAGUUUGGGGAAGAGAAAAGAGGCUCUAAAAGAACCUUCCAGAAGGUCCAAGAGGAAGAUGAGGAUGAUGAUGACGACUACAGGGGUCACUUUUCUCCGAGGGAAACAGAUACAACAGGACCUCAGUUGACAGAGGACCUGAUCAAAGCCCUGCAGGAUCUGGAGAAUGCCGCCUCUGGUGACGCGGCUGUGCGACAGAAAAUCGCCUCUCUGCCCCAAGAGGUGCAAGAUGUGUCCCUGCUCGAAAAAAUAACAGACAAGGAGGCUGCAGAUAAGCUGUCAAAGAUUGUCGACGAGGCCUGCCUGCUGCUGGCAGAGUACAAUGGACGUCUGGCAGCUGAGCUGGAAGAUAGGAGACAGCUGGCUCGCAUGCUGACAGAGUAUAUCCACAGCCAGAAAGAGGCGCUCGUUGAGAGGGAGAAGAAACUAGAGGAGUACAAACAGAAGCUGGCCCGUGUCACCCAGGUGCGGAAGGAGCUCAAGUCUCACAUCCAGAGCCUACCAGACCUGUCACUGUUACCCAACGUCACUGGGGGUCUAGCCCCUCUUCCCUCAGCAGGAGACCUCUUCUCCACUGACUGAGCCUGGCCCUCCUCUGGGGCUUAUAGACUUCAGUUCACAGCCCUGAAAGGACAACUAGCCUUGUAAACUGCUUUGACAAUGAUCUGAGAGAAAAAUGGGUGAGCAGGAUCCAAGUAAAAGCACCUCAGCCGAGCUGUCAACACAAACAGAGGAAAAAGGCUGUCUUGCACAUUGUGUAGAACGAUGGCCCACACUGAUGACUUCUAAGAAGCCUCGCCCCUAGCCUGGUGAAAAGGGAGACAGCAUUAACACAUUUGAUGUGUAUUACAGGAGCAUUGUCCAGCAAUCCAAUGAGUUCAGCAAAUGUGCUUUAGCUCUCUUCCUCCUCUGGUUAGGCUAUGUUAAAGUUAGCCAAAUGAGGGCUUUUUUUCUGUAUCAACUAAAGGUCAUCCAAGACUAGACCUCACUGUUACCAGCUGCUCAGCUAAAACCAACAGUUCAGGAUUUUUUGUUUGUUUUUUGUUUUUUUCUUUUGCAGAAAGAGCUUAAGUGAUAUAUGACCAUCUGUUUUCACGUCAAAAAGCUUCAUCCUGUUUGGUAAAAUGCUACAUGCUAUGCUAUGGAAAUAACCCACAUCAAAUCACAAUUGUUAUAAUAUAGACUGCUUUAUGAAUUCAGUCAGUCUCCCAGAGUUUCCUAAAGUGUGCAGUGAGCCGACUUGGUUUAUUUUUGAAUUAUUACCAAUAACAGUAAUUAUUAGUAGUCCUCUCUCUGUCUGACCUCCGACAUCCAAUCGCAGUCUUCUCUCUGUCUGACCUCUGACAUCCAAUCGCAGUCUUCUCUCUGUCUGACCUCUGACAUCCAACCACAGUUUCUUCUCUGACCUCUGACAUCCAUCCACAUUCUGUGUCUGACCUCUGAGAUCCAGCCAAUUGAGCGAUUCAGCUAAACACUUAUGUUGUCAGACACUCAGUAAAUGCAGUGAAUCCACUCAGCUAAAACAACCUGUUAGUGACGGACUUGUACUGACUGAAGUCACUGACAGGUAAUGGGUGUUUUGGCUAAGCUAGUCUAUGCUAAGUGCCCUGGCGUGUCACUGUGUUCAUGCUAAAUCGCUUGUCCUUGCUGUGGAGCAGUAGUGUGUAGGGUUCUAAAAAGUGCUUUCCUCAUUGUUUUAGCUUUGUUGAUGUGAGGAAUAUUCUUCUGCAAAUGCUGUUCUUUGACAGACUUUUUCUUUGGUCAUUUGUUUUUGAGCAAACACAUA